CAUACUUCACGAACACUGUCCAGCCAAUGGUAUUGCUCCACAUGCUCGGUUCAUUCGACUCGCACGCAUUUUCCUACUGGACGCUGCGCCGUAUUGUGACGUGUUUUCGCGAAACACGAAUGUGAACGGACAAAUUGUUACAACAGAAAUUCCAUAAUUUUAAAAGUAAAAAUAUAUCGAGCCUCGAACAAUCGUAAUACAUUAAGAUAUCAUCGAUUUACUUUAUAUUUACGUUGACGCAAAAUUAUAGACGCGCGCGGACAACUACGCUGCAACUUGUUAAUGGCGCACUCCGCGAGGUGGCGCACGUGUGCAAUGAUUUGCCGUUCGCUGUGUCAGUCUUACGGAAGAGGAGGUUUGCUUAGCAUUUAGGAAAAAUAUUUCGUUAAGAAAAUGACGUGUGUCUCAAAUUUCUGUGCUCGCGUAUCGUGAUACGUCAUAGAAUUAUUCCUUUCAGUGUCCGGCAAGUUUAUUCGUGGCAGUUCGUUUCGUUUUUUUUCCUCUCUUCGUCUUUCUCUUUCUUUGUGUGCUCGAGUGUAUCUUAGGGACCUGUAGCUAACCUAAAUAUUCGACAGCCGUAACGUAAUUUCUCUGUGACACGUCGCCAACGAAUACUUCGUUAUUGGUCCUUGAAAACUAUAGUGUGAAUGAACGUGGACAGUCAUUGAACAGAUAAGAUUAGUGACGUAUUAAUAUAGAGGUAACCAUGGAGGACGGCCAUUGCAAAACAGUGGAAGAAGUAUUAGAGUACUUUAGCGUCGAUCCUGAUAAAGGAUUAUCUAUUGAUCAAGUUAAGAGGAAUCAGGAGAAAUAUGGUCUCAAUGAAUUGCCGGCCGAGGAGGGAAAGUCCAUAUGGCAACUCGUCCUGGAGCAAUUCGACGACCUUCUAGUUAAGAUUCUUCUAUUAGCCGCUAUUAUUUCUUUUGUAUUAGCUUUAUUUGAAGAGCACGAGGACGCGUUCACGGCGUUCGUCGAGCCCUUCGUUAUUUUGCUCAUCCUGAUCGCGAACGCCGUGGUCGGUGUGUGGCAGGAGCGCAACGCCGAGUCUGCGAUCGAGGCGUUGAAGGAGUACGAGCCCGAGAUGGGCAAAGUGUUGCGCAUGGACAAGCCCGGUGUCCAGAGGAUUCGUGCCAAGGAGAUCGUGCCCGGCGACGUGGUCGAGGUGUCGGUCGGCGACAAGAUCCCUGCCGAUAUCCGUCUAACCAAGAUCUUCUCGACCACCCUGAGGAUCGACCAGUCUAUCCUCACCGGUGAAUCGGUCUCGGUUAUCAAGCACACGGACCCCGUUCCCGACCCGCGUGCCGUCAAUCAGGACAAGAAGAACAUCUUGUUCUCGGGCACGAACGUGGCAGCGGGGAAAGCUCGGGGCGUGGUGAUCGGAACCGGGUUGAACACCGCGAUCGGUAAGAUCCGUACCGAGAUGUCGGAGACCGAGGAGAUCAAGACGCCCCUUCAGCAAAAGCUGGACGAGUUCGGUGAACAAUUGUCGAAGGUUAUCUCGGUGAUCUGCGUGGCUGUCUGGGCCAUCAAUAUCGGCCACUUCAACGAUCCCGCCCACGGUGGAUCGUGGAUCAAGGGCGCCAUCUACUAUUUCAAGAUUGCCGUCGCUCUUGCCGUAGCCGCAAUUCCCGAAGGUUUGCCGGCUGUCAUCACCACGUGCUUGGCUCUGGGCACCCGUCGUAUGGCCAAGAAGAACGCCAUCGUACGAUCGUUGCCGUCCGUCGAGACCCUCGGCUGCACCUCUGUCAUAUGCUCGGACAAGACCGGUACAUUGACUACCAAUCAGAUGUCUGUCAGUCGUAUGUUCAUCUUCGACAAAAUCGAGGGGAACGACAGCAGCUUCCACGAGUUCGAGAUCACCGGCUCCACGUACGAGCCGGUCGGUGAAAUAUUUCUGAGGGGGAAGAAGAUUCGCGGCCAAGACUACGAGACGCUGCACGAGAUCGGCACCAUAUGUAUCAUGUGCAACGACUCCGCCAUCGAUUUCAACGAAUUCAAACAGGCGUUCGAGAAGGUCGGCGAGGCGACGGAGACCGCCCUCAUCGUUCUCGCGGAGAAGAUCAAUCCUUACGGCGUGUCGAAGGGCGGGUUGGACAGGCGUAACGCGGCGAUCGCUGUAAGGCAAGACAUAGAGACGAAGUGGAAGAAGGAAUUCACCUUGGAAUUCUCCCGGGAUCGUAAAUCCAUGUCCUCUUACUGCUCCCCCCUGAAACCGACGAAGUUGGGAACCGGGCCGAAACUGUUCGUCAAAGGGGCACCGGAGGGCGUGCUGGACAGGUGCACGCACGCCCGUGUCGGCUCCAACAAGGUUCCUCUUACGUCCACCUUGAAGAACCGUAUCUUGGAUCUGACCCGCCAAUACGGGACCGGCCGCGACACUCUGCGGUGCCUUGCCCUCGCCACUGCCGACCACCCGAUGAAACCCGACGAUAUGGAUCUCGACGAUUCCACGAAAUUCUACACGUACGAGAAGGAUCUCACGUUCAUCGGUGUCGUCGGUAUGCUCGACCCCCCACGCAAGGAAGUGUUCGACUCGAUCGCCAGGUGUCGUGCCGCUGGUAUCCGCGUAAUCGUCAUCACCGGGGACAACAAGGCCACCGCAGAGGCUAUCUGCAGACGCAUCGGUGUGUUCGGCGAGAACGAGGACACGACAGGGAAGUCGUACUCUGGGCGCGAGUUCGACGAUCUUCCUCCGUCGGAACAGAAGGCCGCCUGCGCCAGGGCUCGCCUAUUCUCCCGUGUCGAGCCUGCUCACAAGUCUAAGAUCGUCGAGUUCCUGCAAAGUAUGAACGAGAUCUCGGCUAUGACUGGCGAUGGUGUAAAUGACGCGCCCGCUUUGAAAAAAGCUGAGAUUGGUAUUGCUAUGGGUUCUGGAACGGCUGUUGCGAAAUCCGCAUCCGAGAUGGUAUUGGCCGACGACAAUUUCUCUUCCAUUGUCGCGGCUGUUGAGGAAGGUCGUGCGAUCUAUAACAAUAUGAAACAGUUCAUUCGUUAUCUGAUUUCUUCCAAUAUUGGUGAAGUCGUAAGUAUAUUCUUGACUGCCGCCCUUGGUCUUCCCGAAGCUCUAAUCCCUGUACAACUUUUGUGGGUCAAUUUGGUCACCGACGGUCUUCCAGCUACUGCGCUUGGUUUCAAUCCACCCGAUUUGGAUAUCAUGAGCAAGCCUCCCCGUAAAGCCGACGAAUCUCUCAUUUCUGGCUGGUUGUUCUUCCGCUAUCUGGCUAUUGGCGGAUAUGUAGGUGCUGCGACUGUUGGCUCAGCUGCAUGGUGGUUCCUGUACAGUCCGAAUGGUCCACAGAUGAAUUAUUACCAACUGACUCAUCACUUAGCGUGCAUGGGUGGUGGCGAGGAAUUCAAGGGCCUUAACUGUAAGAUUUUCACAGAUCCUCAUCCCAUGACGAUGGCUCUGUCUGUACUAGUAACCAUUGAAAUGUUGAACGCUAUGAACAGUUUAUCCGAGAAUCAAUCUCUCAUCACUAUGCCGCCCUGGUCUAACAUGUGGCUCAUUGCCUCCAUGGCUCUUUCUUUCACACUCCACUUUGUCAUCCUUUACGUCGAUGUCCUUUCGUCCGUAUUCCAAGUUACCCCACUGACGAGCGAGGAGUGGGUUACCGUUAUGAAGUUUUCCAUUCCAGUGGUACUUCUCGACGAAACCCUAAAGUUCAUUGCCAGAAAGUUUACAGAUGCAUCUGGAGUGAUCAAGACAUCAAAACUGGAAUUGUCCGCUUCGUUGCUAACGUGUGAACGCAGAGAUUGUGCAUGAAGUUCAGAAAUUAAUGGAUCUCAUGUUUGAACCUGUCUAUUAUUAUGUCUUCCUCCCUUCGACGAGUAAUUGCAUGCACAAUUGUAUUCUACCACAAUGGUACAUCCCAACUAAAAGAAAGGAAAAAAAAAAAAAAUAUUCACUCACCUCGUAGAACAAUCACUGUCAAUGGUUAGCAAAUCCUGCUGUGCUUCACCUAACUCAUCUCCACGAUGAUACUCAAUUGUUUCACCUGUUACAACUCUAUUAAUCGAUAUUUAGCCUGGUUCUCAAGUAAGACUCAACCACAACUAUUUACAGGUAAAGAAUAAAAUUUCUAUAUAUAUAUAUAUUUUUUAAUUAUCAUUAUUAUUAUAAAUUACAUUGGCACGGCAGGAUCAUUCUAACAUCUUUGCACUAUCAUUGCAUCCAUGCUAUUAUACCUUUACGUAUACCUUACUGGGUGUGACUUAUACAUAUAUAUAUAUAUGUUUGAAUGAUUAAUACCACGUAAUAGAUUUGUAAUAUUAUUAAUUUAUUAGACACGGAUUGCAAGAGUUCGUACGUUCGUAAGAAAGAAAAGAAAUCGAACUUUACGACAAAUGACCUCUCGCAAUCCGUGUCUCGUCGUAUUAAUCUCGUCCUUCUCUUAACAUGGUAGUCUGAAUACGAGAAUAAGCUCGAUGAGAAGGUACAUAUAUUCGUUCCUAUUAGCGACAAUGAUCGACUCUUCGUUUAUGAACGAUUCGAGCUAUUGAAUCUCACGAUUUAACUCUUUCAUUAUGGAAUUAGAUAAGUAGAGGAAGAUAGUCUAUAAGUGAAUUUGAAUAAAUGAAGAAUUUGUAUGAAAGUAUAUGCGUUAUUAGACGAAAGUAGUAUUAAUUUUAAUAAAUUUUCAAUAAAUCGAUAGAAAUAAUCCAUCGUAAUGAAAGAGUUAACAUCAAUACGAAACGUUCAUUGUCCAACAAUUCAUACAUUCCUUGCAAAGAUAAUUAUGAUUAAUUAUAUAAUAUAAUUGAUAAUGGAAAAAAAAAGAAUUAUUUUAAAUGUAACGAAUUAUCCCGGACAGUAAAUGUGUUAAAAUCUCUAAUAAUAAAUCUACCUUCUUUACUCUAAACGUUAGCUCUGUUCUUUAUCAACAGAACAAAUAGACUUCUUUUAAAAUAAUCAGAGUUAAUAUAUAUAUAUAUAGUUGAUUGCUAUAAUAUUAAUACAACGCGAAUAUGUUGUUAGGCCUUGAAUUUGAUCAAUUCUUGCCACGGUUAUUGAAGACUAGUGAAACAUUGUCCAAUCUAACCUAACAUUUGUAUUCUCUCUUGUAGAUACUCUCAUAUAUACCAUCAUCAAUUACUAUUUGUUCGUGUUGUUAUUUUAACAACAUAGUUAACGGUGUUGAAAUGUUUCGAGCAAUGUUUCGAGUUCAGACUUGCCAUCAGAGAUAGAAACAUACAUUCUAUAUUAUAAUACACGCGCCACAUGCGAACAAUGGAAGAUCCGGUGUCAUCACGAGUAUACGUGGGCCUUUUUAACGCAUCUAACUGUCUCUUAGUCAUUUCUCUCAUUCGAGGUUUUUAUAUAAAUCAUACGGCGUUAGGAAGAUACCAGAAGUUAAAUAAGUAUCGUUCGGCCAAAUCUCUUUUUGUUUCUCUUUUUUUUUUUUUUUCUUUUUUUCUCUUGCGAGAAAGGAAAGUGAAAAAUAGUUAAAAAAAAAUUGAAAACCUGCCUCUCGACCAUAUGCAAAUGCAACAAGACUGACGAUGUGGCUUCGAGAAGCGGUUUUAUGUGUGCUUUUUUUUUUUUUCUUUUUACGUGUAGAAAAGACGAGACAAGAAGACGUUUUUCUCUUUUUUGCCCGUUUAAUUUUUUUUUUCUCUCUCUCUCUCUCUCUCUCCUUGUACGUCCACCGUUCGUACGACGCGACGAGUGCAUAAUUAAUUUAAUUCUACGUAACGCAUCAUCCGCAAUGUUUACGAUUAGUGUAAUAUAUAUAAAUAUAUAUAUUAAUUAUCGGUUAGGGUGUGAUACUACUUUUUGUAUAGGCAUAAUUAAACUUAAUUAGAUCCGUGAUGCAAGAAUCCGUGGAAAAAAAAAAGAAAAAAAAAGAAAAAGAAAAAAAAGAAAAGAAAAAUAAUUUGUACGAUUUUUAAUCGUCCAUGCGUUGAAGCGUGCGCAUACCCUUUGCAUCGCUUUUUCUCUAUUUUCAUUUUCAUUCGUUUCUCUUCCUUCUAUACCCUAUAUUCGACUAACUUGUGUUUUAAUCGAAAAAUAAUGGAAUUCACAUUUUGUACAGCGAGAUAACUACCGUCACGAGUAUCGGCACGAAAUCUUCUUCGACGAUUCUGUGCGAAAUGUAGGAACGAACAGAAACGUGUAAGAUGAAUUAUUAAUUAAGUAUUUAAUCUCUUGUUUUUUUUUCUCUCUCCUUUUUUUUUCCUUUUUUUUUCUUUCCUUUCGAUUUUAAUCGCGUUGUGUCAGCACAGAAAUAUCAGAAGCAUCACGAUGCCGAUACGAUCGGAGAAAAGAAAAAUUAAAAAUGAAAAAUGAAAAGAAAAAAAAAAUAUAUAUAUACAUACAAAACGGUCUUAACAGCACUUGAUCGACGCUCAAUAAACGUUGAUGAACGAGAGAAAUUUUACGUACUUUCUUGCGUUCACUCGAUGUUUCGAACGUUUGUAAGUACGUUGCAUAUAUUGUGUGGAUUGUGUUCUCUUUCUUUCUCGCUUUUAUUUCUUUCUUCUCAUUGUUUUUUUUUUUUUUCUUUUUUUUAUAUAUAUAUACAUAUCUUACUUUCUUCCCUUUCUCUUACAAAAAAUCCGUGAAAAGGAAAAAAAAAAAAAUCGUGGAGCGGUAGAGAGUGCCAUCGACGAGAGAGAAAUUCGAACGAAGCGUUGGACAAGCGAUUUCGACUCGUGUUCUCGAAGCUAUAUCUUCUUCUUCGAUCGAAAGAGAAAUUAUUAUGAAUUCUAUUUUCACCUACCCUGUAACUUAAAAAACUCGUCUCGUUCCUUUCUACAUCUGAAGAAGAUAUUAACUCGAAACGAAUUAAUCUUGAAAUUAAAAGGAAGGAAGGAAGAAAAAUGAAUAAAAUAUUUGUGAAUCGAAAGAAAAUUCGUCCAACGCUUCGAUCAAUACGAUAAAGUUACGAUGAUGAAAGCAUCGGUCGCAUCGUUCGUGCAGGAAGUACCUAUUUCUAAUGAUAAUAAUAAUAUUAAUAAUAAUAAUAAUAAUAAUAAUGAUAAUAAUAAUAAUAAUGAUAAUAACGAUAAUGAUAAUUAAUAACUUAUGAUAGAGAGUGCGACUACUUGAAUGAUCAUUUUGAUGCUACUAUCAACCGUCACAGAUGCACGUUGUGGCGAGCCACGGUGUGAUGAUCCUAAUUAAUCAAUGCCCGAUAGUACGAAUUUAACGGUCUAACAGUAAUUAUCGAGACGAUCAUGUACACGAAGAAUGAAAAUAAUAUUUCGAAUCCGCGAAUUAUUCGCAACAUCGUUGAUACGAAACUUGAACGUUCUAUGUAUAAUGUGUAUACAUACGUACAUCGAUCGAUAACUGCGAAUCGACGGAGAACGGAACAUUCUUAUCGAUCGAUUCACAGGAGAGCGACGGAUGUUCAGGUGUACGAAUAUAUUCGAGACAUGUUCUCGAGAAUAUUUUCUUACGAGUGGACAUCGAAUCGAAAGUACAAUAAUCAUUUUCAACGCUGUGUCCAUUUUCGAAAAAAAUGUUCUCUUCGAGAACAACUCUCGAUAGAUUUAUACCCUUAGUAAAAAAAGAAAAAGAGGUUUAUUUAUCAGUUUCUUUUAUUUAUUCGUGUACACGUACAUAUAUAUAUAUAUAUAGAUAGAUAGAUAGAUAGAUAGAUAUACAUAGAGGUUCGAAUCGAGAAACAAUUUAUAAGUGAAAGUAAAUAUUGCAUCGCGACUACGAUUAAUCUCGAUAUUAUUAAAAUGACGGUUUGACGUAGUGCGUUAUUUGUUGUAAUAAAAAAAAAAAAAAAAAAAAAGAAAAAGAAAAGAAAAGGAAAAAAAAAUAUUAACGAAGGAACGUGAGAUCAUGUAUUAAUAAUGCGUGUUCGAAGUUUUCUAUGAUCGGCCUACUGUUUUACGAGAUUUUAGAAGAUCGCUCGAUUUUAAGAAUUACAAUAAUAGUAUAAUCUCGCUUAGAAAAAGAAAAAGAAGAAAAGAAAAAAAUAGUGGCAUCUGCCGCGUGUAACAACAUCGAACACUUAAUACAAUGUGAACUGUAAUAAGUGUUUGUCUCCAUUCA